AAGGCAUCUAUGAAAUUAAUUUCCGCUGUUCUUCAUAUUUUGUUUGUUCUUCAUUUGAGUUACGUGCGUGCAUUUAGUUACGUGGAAGAUGAAUUGCUUCAAGAAAGCGACCUGUUCAAACGUCUCCAAAAAUAUCAGGACUUGGACCUCCACCACAAACCACUCGUGUCUAAUAAUGUGGUAGCAAGCGAUGCCAGCAAACUACGGGACAAUUUACUUACUGAGAAACGCGACGCCAUGAGGCUUCCUACUAACAUCGUUCCCCAUCAUUAUCAUCUCAGCUUGCAGGUGUACCAGUUCAUUAACGGGACAUUCCUGGGCCACGUUGACAUGGACUUCCACGUGGAAAAAAGCACGCGGACAAUCGUGCUGCAUUCCGCGGACCUUACGCUGCCUCAGCACGAGAUGAAGGUGACUGACGGAACGAACCAGACGAUACGCAUCAGUGACGUCACUGCUAUACCAGACGCAGAAAUGCUGAACUUGACGACAGACAGCACGCUGCAUCCCGGCGUAAAUUACACUCUCACUAUCCACUUUCUAGGAGCACUUCGGGACGAUGGGUUCGGAUUGUAUCAUUUCGGAUACUUCGACGAAUCCACCCAUACCGUCAGGAUAGUGGUGGGCACUCAGUUCCAGCCGACGCACGCUCGCUACAUGUUCCCCUGUCUCGACGAGCCUUCAUUCAAGGCGCGAUUUUCCCUGCGCGUCGCCAGACCUACAAACAGCACCUGCAUCUCCAACACACCGCUCAGCGUCACUGCUCCUUUUCUGGGCUUCCCGGAGUACGAGUGGGACGUAUUUAAGACAACAGUAAAAAUGUCAACGUAUUUACUGGCAUUCGUCAUUUCUCAGUUCGAGUUCCUCUCGAAAAAAGUCGACGGCAUCGAGUACAAAGUGUUCAUGAGGGACGAACACUAUCUGGAAGGCCAACACGUUCUCGACAAGACGCCCAAAUACUUAAACUACUUCCAGAACUUCUACAAAAUUCCUUACCCUUUGGAGAAACUGGACUCUGUGGCGUUGGAUACGAUGGUGGCUGCUGGCAUGGAAAACUGGGGACUUAUAACAUACAACUCGGACGCAGUGAGAGUGACGAACGCGAGCACCUCCCGGCACCUGAUAGCAUCGUCGACGUUGAUCGCCCACGAAGUGGCUCACCAGUGGUUCGGUAACUUGGUCACUGCGUCGUGGUGGUCAGGCUUGUGGCUCAAUGAAGGAUUUGCCACCUACAUGGCACUCAAAUGCAUUCAAGAAGUUGAACCGGUUUGGGACGCCAUGAAGCUCUUCAUCAGUGGUCACCAGAUGACGGCGAUGGAGUUGGACCAGACACAAAUGUCAACCCCGAUCGUACGAAACGUUUCAUCCAUCAAGGAAAUUUCGGCCACUUUCAAUCCCAUCACUUACAACAAAGGUGCUGCCCUCAUCCGCAUGAUGGACCACUUCCUAACCGAAGCCACAUUCCAACGAGGAGUGCGGAACUACUUGAAUGAACUUAAAUAUUCGAAUGCCGAGCAAGACGAUUUAUGGAGACAUCUAACAAUAGUGGGUCAAGAAGAUGACACGCUUCCACCAGAUGCCACAGUUAAAGAUGUAAUGGAUACCUGGACCUUGCAGAAACAUUACCCAGUAGUCAACUUUGUGCGCCAUCCAAAUGGUUCUUGCACAGUUUCUCAGAAACAAUUCUCGGAUUCGAGAAACAGUUCCUACCAAGGCCUGUGGUGGAUACCAGUAUCCAUCAUUACCGAAGGAUCCAUUGACAUGGAAAUGACCACUGCAACCAUUUGGAUCCCACCUUCAUCCAAAGAAAUGUUCGUAGCAGGUUUACCAAAUUUGCCGCGAUGGGUUCUUCUGAACAAUAAGCAAGCAGCUUACGCCAGGGUAAACUACGACUAUAACAGCUGGAUGGCUUUGGCUCGGCAGCUGAAACAGAAUCACUCGAUAUUUUCUGCCAUAACCAGAGCACAACUUCUCGAUGAUGCUUACCAUCUCUUCACUCUUGGAGAAUUAAAAGAUCCUGACGUGCUAUUCACGUUGAUGUCGUACUUGUCCAAUGAGGAAGAAUACUUGCCUUGGCUCAUUACUAUGAAGAACAUGGAACAAAUUCACCAGCAACUACUCAAUCAGCCUGAGUUUUUCGAGUUAAAGGAAUACCUUUUGAAGUUGUCGGAUAAAUUAUACUUCAAGUUUGGGCUAGACCGGGAAAGUCAUUCAUCUUUCCAAGGCUUGUUCAGCUUACGUGCGCAGAAGUGGGCCUGUGCUCUGGAGAAGAUGGAAUGUGUACGCGAUCUGCUAAGCUUUUUCAAUGACUUCCAGGCAGCAAAAGAUAUUAGAGUUGUUCCUAGUCAUCUUCGGUCCUCCGUUCUGUGCACGGGAGUCAAGGAAGGAAACUCAACUCUGUGGCAGUCGCUCUGGGCCGACGCGCUGGCCAUCAGGUUCGACUCCAGGAACAGAUACGCGCUCCUCAAGGCACUCGGCUGUUCCAAGGAACCAUGGACUUUAAAAAGAUACCUACAAGAAGGGUUCAAGAACCACGAUUCCCUCGGCACUCCUGGACUCUACACGAUCGUUAAUGCCGUAUCCCAGAACCCAAUAAGUCACGACUAUGCUUGGGACAUGAUAAAAAAUAUGUCGCAAUUCAAAGAGAGGUUCGGUUUUUGGCCCCUGAAAGCUUCCGUGGCGAAAGUGGCAAUUUCUUCGCUCAGUCAGAGAAGACACUUGACGGAGCUUGACGAAUUCCUCGAAGCUACGGACUAUACUGACGACCAAAAAAAGAAGCUCAGGAAGCUUGUUUCGUUCAACAUUGAAUGGCUGGAGAAGUUCCAGGCUCCGAUAUCGAAUUGGUUCUCGAAGCAAUAUCCGUUCGAUGAUAUUAAACCUGAACUGAUGCGACCUCUGCCUAGGAUGUCUAGUAGGUCACCUAGGAAUGUUAAAAUACAACUCAUCCGCCCUGACUCACUUUGACCACAUCGCUGACUCACUUUGACCUGACUAAUUUUCACCGCUCAAAUGUCUCACGUUAAAAGCUUAAAUGACCCACUUUAACCGCUCGAAUUACCCACUUUGACCACUUAAAUGACUCACUUUGACCGCUUGAAUGACUCAUUUCUGACCGAAUCAAUGGCUCACUUUGACCGUUUAAAUGACUCACUUUCACGAUUUAAAUGACUCACUUUGAUCGCUUAACUGACUCACUUUGACCGCAUCACUGACUCACUUUUACCACAUCGCUGACUCACAUUAACCGCUCCACUGACACACUUUAACCGCAUUACUGACUCACUUCUACUGCAGCAAUGGCGAAUCAGGAUCAUCAGGAUAACCCGUUAGUUGGAGGCUAGUGCAACCUAAUGGUUCAGCAAGUCUAAGGGUGAGGCUGAUAGUGUAGGUACUUAAUGUUCAUUUCAUCAAAUUGUUCCUAAUCAUGAAUUGCUAUUUAAUUACAUCUUUCAAUUUCAAUAUUUAAUUAUGUCAUUGUUGUUUUCUAAGACCAUAGCAAAUAAAAAAUAAAGGAAUUAUUAAUAUGCAUACAUAGUUUUCAUGAGGAACUUUUACGAGUUAAAUCUGACAAAUUUCAAAAUAAAUUGAAACAGUUAAUGUUGAAUUAAAGAUCGACCAUGAAUUGCGUCGCAAAUAAGCUUAUGGUGCUUUCCAUAAUAAAUAUAUAAUUUAUUCCAACGAAGUUGAUUACUUGAAUUGAGUUUGGAAGAUAAGGCUUAAGACUUAUGCCUAAUUUAUAUAAACUAUUUAUGAUUUAAAUACUAAA